AUGUCAAAAAUGGAUUCAGUAAAUCUACCACCGUACACUGAUUUGACUUUUGCACAAAUUGAAGAAACAUUAGGAAAGUCGGUUCUAAUAGAAUUAAAAAAUGGUGAAACGUUUGAAGGACAUUUGUAUAAUAUAGAUCCCGUGACUUUUACGGUAAUUUUAUUACAGGUUGGAGAUCUUCAUAUAACAGAUAAACUUCCGUCAAAAUACAAGAUAUUGAUCGUUAAAGACUUUGACAUAUCAAAAUUCACAGUAAACAACGAUAAAGAAACAAUACCCAGAAACUUACUGGAUUCCGUAAUCAAUGAACAUGCAGAAGAUUAUGUUAUAGAUUCAGACAAAAUGCGACAAAGAAGAGAAAACUUGAUCUCGUUAUUUGCGUUGCAACGAAUUCCGGUGACUCACAACGAAAAUGACCCAGUUAUUCAUAUCAUGGGUCGUGCUCAUAUUGCACCACCAUAUGUAGUAUCUUCUGUUGAAUGUGAUAACGAAAUAAUUUUAGAAAGA